GCGCGGCUGUCGCCUCUCCUCCUCUCGGGGCGGGUCCAGUGCGAAAGCGACGUUUAGGGAGGAAAAGUCUCCGCGCAGACACCAAACAUGGCGCCGGCCUCCAGCGACGACCACAGAUGAAAGUGUUGGCGACGAAAGUAAGCCCGCGAAGUUACAAAGGAGUCUUUUCGGAGUGGCUUGUCUGACAUUGUGUGUCGUUCCCGCGCCGUCCCGGUUCUAACCCGGUUUGCAUAAAGGAACAAACGCGGAAGACGUCCAGCGGGAGGGACCGAGCCGCGCGUCGCCUCCAUGUCAACAUCGCCUCUGGCCGCCGUGUGAACAGCUGGGGCGGUCUUGCAGCGCAGGCAACAUGUGGGACGUUCACAAGCAAGCUCAGACCAGUGCCACCACCGAGGAACAAGAUUUUCCUGCUUUGGAAAACGUACACCCAGCCAUGAUCGAGGACAAGGGUCACCGCGUGACCGACUACUUUGUGGUGGCCGGGCUGACCGACAAGUCCACGCCCCUGGAGCAGGACCUGUCGGAGACCAAGUCCAGCGGGCCCAAAGCGCCCAUCACCGACUUGGCCGUCAUCAACCGGUCGGCGGGCGAAAGCGUUCCCGAGGGCUUCACGUGCAUCGACAGCACCUACAGCGGCCAGCCAGCCAACCUAAAUCACGGCAGCCUCAAGAGCCCCGAACUGUUCCUGUGCUACAGGAGGGGUCGAGGGAAGCCCCCUCUCAUCGACAUCGGGGUUUUGUAUGAGGGUAAGGAGCGUCUGAUCCAGGGCUGCGAGGUCAUCCAGGCCACGCCGUACGGCCGCUGCGCCAACGUCAACAACAGCUCGGCCACCUCGCAGCGCAUCUUCAUCACCCUCCGGCGAGCGCCCCCCGUCCAGCCCCAGAACUCCCUGGCGGUGACGGACAUUUGCGUCAUCGUCACCAGCAAGGGCGAGACGCCGCCGCAUACCUUUUGCAAAGUGGAGAAGAACCUCAACUGCGGCAUGUGGGGCUCCAAUGUGUUCCUGUGCUACAAGAAAUCAGUAUCUGCGUCCAAUUCCAUCAGUUACAAAGCUGGUCUCAUCUUUCGUUACCCAGAGGAGGACUACGAGUCCUUCGCUCUGUCAGAAUCUGUCCCUCUGUUUUGUUUGCCUAUGGGGGCCAAGAUCGAGUGUUGGGCUCCGAACACGCGCGAUCCUCUGCCCGUCUUCUCCACGUUUGUCUUAACCAUCUCAUCUGGUGAAAAGGUGUAUGGAUCAGCCAUCCAGUUCUAUGAGCCAUAUUCGGGGGAUCUGUUGAGCGAGAAGCAGAAGAUCCAGCUGGGGCUGCUCACCAUGGUGGAGAAGAAGGCGAUCCCCAAUCGGCCCGUCAACACCAACAAGUGCAUCUGUCUGCUCUCCCGUUGGCCCUUCUUCGAGUCCUUCCGCAAGUUCCUGAUGUUCCUCUACAAACUCUCCGUCUCAGGCCCACACCCGCUGCCCAUUGAAAAGCACAUAUCACACUUCAUGCACAACGUGUCAUUUCCUUCCCCUCAGCGGCCAAGAAUCUUGGUCCAGCUCUCAGCACAUGACACCCUGAUCCUCUCCCAGCCAGUGUGCACACCUUUACCCCUCAGUGGGGCGGACUACGGCACGCUCCUGAUGAAUCUGGGCUCCGAGAACUGUGCCACGCUGCUGCACUUUGUCCUGCUGGAGAACAAGAUCCUGCUGCACUCGCUGCGGCCCGCUGUGCUCACCGGAGUGGCCGAGGCGGUGGUGGCUAUGCUCUUCCCCUUCCAGUGGCAGUGUCCCUAUAUCCCCCUGUGCCCGCUCUCUCUCGCAGGCGUCCUCAACGCACCUUGUCCGUUCAUAGUGGGCGUGGACUCCCGCUACUUUGACCUUUACGACCCGCCGCCAGAUGUUGUCUGUGUGGAUCUGGACACCAACACUAUCUACCUGUCUGACGAGAAGAGACACAACAACUGGAAGAACCUCCCCAAAAAGCCCUGCAAGAGCCUCAUGAACUCACUGAGCAACUUGCACCACCAGCUGGCCACUGUUUCCGUGCAUCAAACGGAGCAGGACGACUCGGCAGUGGACAUGACCCCCAUUGAGGCGGACUUCACCUGGCACAAGAAGAAGACGGCCCUGGAGAUGGAGAUCCAGGAGGCCUUUCUACGCUUCAUGGCCUCCAUCCUGAAGGGCUACCGCUCCUACCUCAAACCCAUCACCCAGGCACCUUCCGAAAAGGCCACGGCCGCGGACUCUCUCUACGACCUCCAAGGGUUUCUCAAAAGCAGAGACCGUGCCCACCAGAAGUUCUACUCCCAGCUCACCAAGACCCAGAUCUUCAUCCGCUUCGUCGAGGAGUGCACCUUUGUCAGCGACAAGGACACCGGUUUGGCAUUUUUUGACGACUGCGUGGAGAAGCUUUUUCCCUCUGAUAAAAUCACCGACAAGGGCACCAAGGUCGAAGGGGAGGCAUCAGAGGACACAAGACUUCUGGAGCUGGAUGAGUCUCAGAAGAGCGAGCACACCGUGUUUGUGAUGCCCCCCGAACCCCCCGUCAAUGUUGGACCUGACCCAGCGCCUCGAUACACCUAUAAAGGUUUCCCCAGAUUGCAGGUGGAUCUAUUUGACCGCCCAAGAGUGCUGCGGCCAGCACUCAGCAGCAGAGCAGCUGGGGCCAGUUUGUCCAGCAGCCCAGCGCUGCUGGCGAAGAGAACGAAGCAGGAGAUCAAGCUUGCCUACAAGAUGGCAAAGCGUUUCUAUUCCAACCCACCGCUGUGGGCCCGCUGUCUGUUCAGUCACUGCUACAGCAUGUGGUUCAUCUGCCUGCCGGCAGCCGUGCGGCUGGCCAAGUCUAAGAGCCGCGCCAUGCAGCAGGCGUACAACGUCCUCCUGAAGAUGAGGACCACCGAGGUGGAGGUCCUGGAUGAGGUGUGCUAUAGAGUGGUGAUGCAGCUCUGUGGUGUGUGGGGUCUACCUGUCAUGGCUGUGCGAGUCCUGGUUGAGAUGAAGAAAGCUGGAGUACACCCCAACGCCAUCACAUACGGAUAUUACAACAAGGCGGUCUUAGAAAGCCCCUGGCCAAGCCGAAACCGCAGCGGUCUCUUCAUGUGGACCAAGCUUCGUAAUGUGGUCCGAGGAGUGGCCCAGUUCAAGCACGCUGUAGGCCAAACUGCGUCCAAGGAGGGGUCCACGCUCAGUGCCACAGCUGCAUCAAUAGGAGGAUCUGCAGUCAAUGACGCCGACCGCUUGAGUCAUGGAAGUGCCGACAGCUCGAACGAGGUCAACGGUGAGGAUCAUAAUCUAUUUCCCCCUGCCGACGGCAUGGAAGAUGCAACAGACAACCACUGCAGUACAGGAAGGCAAUCUGAUCAAGGCUAUGGCUCCAAGGACGAGUUACACCAGGAGCCUUCACACACAGCCGUCCUUUCCUCUCAAGAGAGAAACAACGCCAAAGCGCAACAUAUGUGCAGAGGCGACAUCGCUGGCUCGGUGGACAGUGCAGCAGCAGUAGCAGGACCCCCCAGUCCCGUUGACGUGCCCUCACCUGUGCCUAGUAUUGUGAAGCUGUCUACCGGGAGCUUUGAUGGUGAAGCAGGUUCAGGGAAGCUGUUCAGGAGACACAGCAAGAACGACAACGUGUCUCUCCCCGAUGAUGACGCCCCGCUGGCACCGGGGGAUGUAGUCAGCCAGUCUCAACAGCAGCGGCAAAAAUCCUUUGCUGAGCGCAGCUGUAGCUUCAGUGCGGAAACUCGUGCAGGAAUGCUCCUGGAGAAAGGCGUGGACCACAUGGCCAGCCAGAUGGGCGCUGACGCUCGUAUCCUGACCGCAGCUCUUUCUGCCGGCCAGAGUCCACCCCCCAGCAGUGGUCCCAAAGCACUUUUCAAAGAUCUGGAGGAGGAGCCUGAGGAUGAUCAGGGCUUGACACUUGGGAAGCUACCAGUGGAAGAGGGGCUAGGAGCAGCAGCACUAGGGAAGGGAGAUGAAGAUGAUGUGGAGGGGACUGAGGAAAAAAUGGAAAAACAGGAGGGAUCGCAAACGGAGGCACAUGAGGAUGAGUCUGGGGUGCGAGGAGCGACCCUGGAGAGGGCAGACGUCAAGGUCGGCGCCGACCCACUUUCCCUCCUGGUGUCGGAGACCAAAGAGUCUGCCUCUGUCGCCAGCCAGGAGCAACCACGCUCGGUGCCUGCUGUGGUGUCCCGCAACCUGGCCGAGGAGAUCGAAAUGUACAUGAGCCUGCGCAGCCCUCUCGGUGUCAAGUCCUCCAGCAUGGAGCUCCAGCAGUCCCAGGGCGAGUCCACCGACGCAUCACCGCCCAAGCAGCCUUUGGAGCGCAGGUCCAGCCUUCCUGUGCCUCCCGUCAAAACUCCAACCGGCUCUCCGGGCGACACACCCAAGCGUAGCCCCAACACCAUCACUCGCUCCAAGACAUUUGCUGUGAAGACAAAGACCCCGGCCAGCACCACGGCGAGUCCAAGUACUAGAUCGUCCUCGCUGACGGCGUUGGUCAAGUCCUCGCAGGGAGGGUCUCUGGGCUCGGUCAUAAACUCUUUUUCAGGCAUCAAGAUGGACACUCUCUUGUCGGGCCCUAAAAUUGAUGUGCUGAAGUCUAGCAUGAAGCAGGCGGCAAAUGUAGCCAGCAAAGUGUGGGGGGCGGUGGCUUCAGCUUACUCCUACUCAGAUGACGAGGAUGAACAAGCUCAGGGUGGCGGCGGCGGCUUCCCAGCACAUCUGGAUGAACACAUGUUGGCGGCACAUGACGUCGAUGAGAGUCCGGAAAGAGGGGCCAUCCCAGCUUUGGUGGCCAACGGUUUGAACCAGAGCUGCACCAGCCUGGGCAGCAGCAGUGGCAGCAGCGACACAGGCCGAGGGACCCACCAGACACAUCCAACUCCAGUGCGAGCAGGCAGGGGUCCCGACUCUGAGCAGAGCUCCUCACAUCACGCUUCCUCCUCAAGCAUCUACCAAAACUGUGCACUGGAGGUGCUGAUGUCAAGUUGCUCCCAGUGCCGCUCCUGUGAAGCUCUGGUGUAUGAUGAGGAGAUCAUGUCGGGCUGGACAGCCGAUGACUCCAACCUCAAUACCAACUGUCCUUUCUGUCGCACAGCCUUCCUUCCCUUGUUGCACAUCGAGUUCCACGACCUGCGCACGUUGACUGGGUUCUAUAUGAAUCCCAGUGCCUCGGGAGACAGUAUCCACAGCACCAGCGCCCAUCCCACAGCUGGCGGUUCAGCCGACAUUAAGACACCAGACCUCAUCACUUUCCCUGAAGAGGAACCAAGAGAGACUCCAGAUAAUCACUGUGGAGCACAUAAGAGUCUGAUUCCAGAGCCGGUGCAGUCAGACCCUCUGGGUCUACUGGAGCACCGCGCUGGAGAGAAGCAGCAGAGAUGCAGCGGGACGUCACUGACACGCAGCAACAGUGUUGGAGGUCCACUGCAGAGCCUGGACUACUCCCAGAGACCCGGCCAUGGCGUCUCCACAACCAGCCUUCCCUGCAGCCUGCAAGAGAUGUCGGAUGGCCUGGGAACCAAACGGCCAAACCCCAAGCCUGUGUCUGUGCCGUACCUCAGCCCCCUGGUGCUGCGCAAGGAGCUGGAGACCCUGUUGGAGAACGAGGGGGAUCAGGUCAUCUACACCCACAAGUUCCUCAGCCAGCACCCCAUCAUCUUCUGGAACCUGGUGUGGUAUUUCCGUCGCUUGGACCUGCCCACUCACUUACCUGGUCUCAUUCUUACCUCUGAACACUGCAACAAUGGAGUACAGCUGCCUCUGACAUCUCUGUCCCAGGACAGUAAGCAGGUAUACGUCCAGCUCCUGUGGGACAACAUCAACCUGCAUAAGGAACCAGGAGAUCCCCUCUACCUGCUGUGGAGGACCUUGUUGGAGAAGAAGGCGACGCUGGCUCCCACCGACCACCAGGAGAUUCGUACUCUCCUCAACACUAUUGUCCGCAGCAUCCAGACCAACGACGUCUACGGACCGAUCAACCUGUUGAUCCGAGAGAUCAAGCGGCGCCCAGAGGGGGUCAAGCGACAAAGGAGUAUCUAUAGAGAAAUAAUGUUUCUUUCGCUGGUGGCCUUGGGACGGGAGAACAUCGAUGUAGAGGCCUUCGACAGGGAGUACCGGCUGGCUUACGAGGAGCUGAGCGCCGAGCAGCUCAAGUCUCUGCACCGCAUCGAUCGGCCGCCCACGCCCAACGUCCAGUGGUGCCUUAAAAGCUUUGGAGCUCCAUUCAUCUGACCGCCAACACACCUGCAUCCACCUGGCCUCGUGUGGCGGCAGGAGGGAAGGAUCGGUUGGUGUCGCUGCGUGUGAGCAAGGUCAUCUUUUGUAAUUAAACACCUCCAACUGUCCAAACAUGGUACUUCUUCUUACCUCUGUCUUGAAAGAUGCCCAUCGUCUGCUGUUUAGUUUUUUUUUUACCACCUAUCAAAGCUUUUCGUAGGUUUUCCCAAGCAGACGCCUACGAGUGGGACUGUUUCUGUUAUCUGCUUGGACAGUAGCAGUGAAAAUGGUGGGAUGAGCUGAGGUGUUUUUCUUUACAGAUGGUGUAUAGAAUGAUGAAUCACUGUACAGAAUGUAUUGACAGCCCCCCCCCCCCCCCCCCCCACCGUGCCUAUCCCCUGAUUAGUUCACUGUGAGUUGUUUAUGACUGUGUACAGACCCCAACUGUUCCUUCCUGCACUUUCUAACAACAACAACAAAAAAGACACAAUAGUAACUCAAGUCCACCGGUCUUUUUGUACAUCUCUUCUUCUUUCUUUUUUUUACUCGAGGGAAACCUGAAACCACAGUUGCCUUUAUUUUCGGAGGCAGGAAGUCGUGACGCCUCGACUGUUUGCGCCUGUGAUCCGAGUCUUAUUGAAUGUUUCGUUGUGUACGUAGAGGUUCAGAAUGAGGCUCUCCGUCUGUGUAAAUCUGAGUUGGAAGCGGACAUCAACCGUCAAUGACAAUCACUAAUUAUCAUCACUGAAAUUCAACUCAUCACAUUCCACAUUCCCUGCAAUCAAAACCGGUCUUAAGGAAGUAUUGAUCUCUUCAACAGCGCUCAGCCACAUGAGAUGAAAACCUGUAAUUUGGAGAGAGAGAGAUCAUUUUGGGGAAAAAUGUAAUAAAUAAAUAUAAAUAUAUCAAUCAAUUAUAAGUGAAAACGUGUGCCACACUACUGAUCCACACAUUGAAAUAAGACACGUUCUUUUGAGUUGUAAAGACAAACAGCAGGUGGGCGCAGGGCCUCAGUGAUCAGUCCAGCUUUUGUUUUUAAUAUCUGCAUUUUUUUUAACAGUCACUCACUUGUUCAGUUUAUGUGUCUCAUUGUUAUUAUUAAGUACAGCUGUAACUUACAUGUGCUUCAGCUAUUCUUCACUUUUGCAUAGAACCAACCGGUAAGAUGUUUUAAAGUGGGAAUAUCGUUUGCUGACAGGAUGCCUCCUACGGUUUACGUGCUGUAGCUUUGAAAAUUCGUGGUAGCAUUUUUGUUUUUUUCCUUCCUCUGCAAAAAGGCUUGAUACUGUUUUAAGAAAGACACGACGUUGACAUGACAUUCCACUACGCAGAUAGGAAGUAAAAGUGCUGUGUUGAACUGUUGGGGAAUAGGUGUCGAUGGAGGGAAAGUGACGCUGACUUGUACAGAUAAAAAAUUUCAAUUUGCACUGCAUAGAUUCAAAGCCUGACCUUAAACAAAAUGGGGGGCGAUGCCGGGUUGAGACCGUCUCAGAAUAUUAACAACAAAACGGCAGUUUUUCCUCCCAAACACAGAAAGAAAUUCUCAACUAUUUAUUUUUGUAUGAUUGACAUUUGGAUUGCAGACAGUGUAGUAACUUAGCCUUUUUCGUGACUAACAAUCCCCUCUUUCCCUUUUGGAAUCUGUCGUAUGGAUUUCCACCCUGUGUUGACUUUUGUAAAUUUGACCUCCUCGUGGCAGAGGAUGUACAGAAGAGACUGUUCUUUAAUGAUAGAUUAAGUGAUCUUAAUCACCGUCCUGUGGAAAGGAAUUGAAUGUCUACACUUAAAUGCGCUGCAAUAAAUGAAUUUGUGAAUUGAUUGAAA